AUGACUACAGAAUCGGGAUCGGACUCCGAGUCCAAGGAUAAAGAGCAGGAUCAGGAGGAGAACCCUGCACAGCAAGGGGCAGCGGAGACCCAGCCACAGGACCAGCAGCAGCCGCCGCAGCCGAGUGAAGAGCAUCAAAACGCGCUCGAGCAGUUCUCGGCUGUGGCAGCCCACAGCACACCAGUGAAAAAGGAGCAGCCCACAGAGAAAGAACAGGAGUUUGCUGCAGCAAGUGCAAAACAGCUGGAAUAUCAGCAGCUAGAGGACGACAAGCUCUCUCAAAAAUCUGUGUCUAGCAAACUUUCCAAGUCUCCUCUAAAGAUUGUCAAGAAACCGAAAAAUAUGCAAUGCAAAGUGACGCUCCUGGAUGGAUCGGAAUACGCAUGUGAAGUAGAGAAACGUUCCAGAGGUCAAGUGCUGUUCGACAAAGUGUGUGAGCAUCUGAACCUUUUGGAAAAAGACUACUUUGGGCUAACAUACAGAGACACAGAAAACCAAAAGAAUUGGUUGGACCCUGCCAAGGAAAUCAAGAAGCAGAUCCGAAGUGGUGCUUGGCAGUUUGCAUUUAAUGUGAAAUUCUACCCUCCAGACCCUGCCCAGCUAUCUGAAGAUAUUACCAGGUACUACCUCUGCUUGCAGCUGAGAGAUGACAUCGUGUCAGGUCGGCUGCCCUGCUCGUUCGUCACACUGGCCCUGCUGGGCUCCUACACUGUGCAGUCGGAGCUCGGUGACUACGACCCGGACGAGUAUGGCAGUGACUACAUCAGCGAAUUUCGCUUUGCACCGAACCACACUAAAGAGCUUGAGGACAAAGUGAUUGAGCUGCACAAGAGCCACAGGGGAAUGACUCCUGCAGAGGCUGAGAUGCAUUUCCUGGAGAAUGCCAAAAAACUAUCAAUGUAUGGAGUAGAUCUCCAUCAUGCCAAGGAUUCUGAAGGAGUGGAAAUCAUGCUAGGAGUCUGUGCAAGUGGACUCUUAAUAUAUCGAGACAGACUCAGAAUAAAUAGAUUUGCCUGGCCAAAGGUGCUGAAAAUUUCCUACAAGAGGAACAACUUCUACAUCAAAAUCCGACCAGGGGAGUUUGAGCAGUUUGAAAGCACUAUUGGGUUUAAGUUGCCAAAUCAUCGUGCUGCAAAGCGCUUAUGGAAAGUGUGUGUUGAACACCAUACAUUUUUCAGGCUCCUGCUGCCAGAAGCACCUCCAAAGAAGUUCCUCACUCUGGGCUCCAAGUUUCGCUACAGCGGCCGGACGCAGGCCCAGACGAGAAGAGCCAGCGCCCUCAUAGACCGUCCAGCACCUUAUUUUGAGCGCUCUUCUAGUAAACGUUACACCAUGUCUCGCAGCUUAGAUGGGGCAUCAGUGAAUGAAAACCAUGAAAUGUACAUGAAGGAUUCUGUGUCUGCUGCAGAGGUUGGUACUGGCCAGUACGCCACAACAAAGGGCAUGUCUCAGACCAACUUGAUAACCACUGUGACUCCAGAGAAAAAGACAGAAGAGGAGAAAGAUGAUGAAGAGGGCAAAAAGAAAAGGGCAGAGGAAGUCACCCCAAUCUCAGCAGUACGCCAUGACACUAAG